GUUAUACACAUAUUUAUAUUUAUAUAUGUAAAAGAUCUAAAAUAAAAAUGGGAAACAUGAUACUGCUCGUGGCCAACAAAAUCAAGAACAAUUCCAGACAUCUUAAUGUUUCAAUGCACGAAGAAAAAGCUCUAAAUGUCCAUCUUUCACCAUAACUUUUGGAACUUGAUUGGCCACCCAAUUCAUAAGAUGUUAACAUAUGUAUAUAUAUAAAGCAAACCUGGCUGCAUGUGUAGGCCAUGCUUCUCAGUGUUGUGUUCCAAAUGGGUAGAAAGCCUGCAACUGCAAGCAAACCAUCUCACUCUCUGUUUUUACUCUUCUUCAUUACCAUCUUUCCUGUACUUUUAGCUAGUUUAGACAUGGGAAGAAUUGAUCAGCAUUGGUUAGAAGAGAAAGAAGAUGAAGUUGAUGAGGUUCAGAGCCAUCAAUCUUCUCCUAAAGACUGUGACUGUGACUUUUCCAUUGGUGAAUGGGUGUAUGAUAAAUCUUACCCUCUCUAUGAUGCAACUUGCCCUUAUCUUAGUACUCAGGUAAGUUGCAGAAGAAAUGGCCGGCCUGAUUUGGACUAUGAGAAAUGGCGAUGGAGGCCACAGCACUGUUGGAUUCCCAGGUUCAAUGCAUUGGACUUUCUUGAAAAGAUUAGGAAGAAGAGGGUUAUGCUUGUUGGAGAUUCCAUAAUGAGGAAUCAAUGGGAAUCACUGGUUUGCUUGGUAGAAUCAGUUAUACCAGCUGAGAGUAAGAUGCUUUCUAGCCAUGGUCCAACUAUGGCUUUUCAUGCCAUGGAUUAUCAAGCAUCAAUAGAGUUUUCAUGGGCACCAUUGUUGGUGGAACUGAAAGAAGAUGAGGGAAAUAAGAAAGUAGUGCAUCUUGAUGCUAUUGAAGAGAAUGCAAAGUAUUGGCGUGGAGUAGAUGUGCUUGUAUUUGAUUCUGCUCACUGGUGGACUCAUACUGGCAAAUGGAGAACGUGGGAUUUCUACAUGGAAGGAGAGAGAAUAUUCAAGGAUUUGAACCCAAUGGUCGCCUAUGAGAAAGGUCUCACUACAUGGGCUAAAUGGGUUGACCUUAACUUAGAUCCCAGAACAACUCGUGUCAUUUUCAGAAGUGUCUCCCCUCGCCACAACAGGGAAAAUGGAUGGCAGUGUUAUAAACAAAGGGAACCAUUAGUGUACUCAGGCUACACGCCACAUGUACCUGGGCAGCUUGUGGUGCUAAGGGAAGUAAUCAAGAAGAUGAAGUUUCCUUGUCACCUUCAAGACAUCACAAGCAUGUCAGCUCUGAGAAGGGAUGGUCAUCCUUCUGUUUAUACAAGUGCUCCUACUACUGCUCCUGUUCCUGAGUUGAAGGCACAUCAACAAUCAGAUUGCAGCCAUUGGUGCUUGCCUGGUGUUCCUGACACUUGGAAUGAAUUGUUAUAUGCUCUUCUUAUCUAGUUUUUAUAUCAUCUUUUCCAAGUUUCCAACCAUAUAUAUAUAUAUUGUAUUAUUAUCUUCCAGUGAAUGAAAGGGCUUUUAUGUUCUAAAUUAUGCUAAUAAACUCAGACAAAUAGAAACCAAUA